AUGGGUAAAGCAGUUGCCCCGCCUCAAGAUACUCUCAUCGAAGAAGAGGAAGAGGGAGAUUUCGAGACAAAGAACGAGCCAUUGGCACAAAACCCCACACGGAUAGAUUUGACGGAUGAUGCGAUAAUACACCCAACACCGAUGCGAUGCGAAGAAAACGGAGGCGAUGCAGCAAGCGCAGAAGAGACCAACGAGCAACUCCCAUCCCAGCCUUCAGCACCGCCCAACUCCAAGCUUUUGGACAUCCCCGAUUUCAUGGAUCUACCUGCGUUCAUUAAACCCUUAUCCACUCGUCUUGCCAUCGACGACUUGGCCUUCCUCCAUGCGAAAGGAGCCCUAAAUCUGCCGAGUCGCGAUUGCCAGGAUGCGCUGCUAUGGUCCUUUUUCGAAUAUGUUUAUCCCUUCAUGCCAAUUCUGGACCUCGAUCAGUUUUUGCAGGCCGUGGAAAAUGAUGACGGCAAGGCGGGAAAAAUCAGCUUGUUAUUAUUCCAGGCGGUGCUCUUCACGGGUACAGCGCAUGUGCCGCUACACCAUCUACAAAAUGCAGGCUUUACCACCAGAAAGAACGCCCGCAAAGCAUUUUUCCAGAGGGUGCGGUUUUUAUACGACUUCAAUACCGAAACCGAUCAUCUCGUCCUUGUCCAAGCUCUGCUCCUCAUGACGCUCUGGUACGAGACCCCAGACGAGCAUAGAAAUACCUGGCAUUGGAUCGAUGUUUCAAUUUCCCAGGCUUUCUCCGCCGGCUUAAACCAAGAUCCCUCGUGCUUCAAGUCCAGAUACUCGCCGAGGGUACAGAGACUUCGCCGACGGAUCUGGUGGGCCUGUUUUAUGCGCGACCGGGUGGUUUCGCUUGGAAUGAGGCGGCCACCGAGGAUAAGAGACGACGACUACAAUGUGUUGAUAUUGGAGGAGGCUGACUUCAAGCCCGUCGCAUGGCAGCGAGGCACACUGCGUCGCGAUAUUUGCUCGUACGCUGAUGACAAGAAGAAGAGGCAUGAACUGGCCUGCUUAUGUGUCGAAAAAGCAAAGCUUUGUCGCUGCUGGAGACAUUACGUCCGGACACACUACACAAUCUUCUCGGAGAAUGCCGAUAGUGGGACUGAGAUAUUCAGAGUGCCAAAACUAAGCGACACGGACAUAUUUGCAGCUUGCAACGAAGACCUCUUGAAGUGGCACAGCGCCCUCCCCGAAAGCUGCAAAUACACUUCGCUGAUAGAUGAGAGCAAUGGGGGAGAUUCGACCGUUGCUUUGAAUCGCACAAUCCUACACAUGGUUUAUUUCUCUGCAGUCGCAAGUCUCCAUCGGUCAAGAUUUACAGCGUUAUCUCGUGAUCCAAACGCGUCACUGUUUGAGCAAGAAAUGUCCAAACUCUCUAUGCAGAAUGCCGCAACGCACAUCUCCAGCAUGGCUGGUGCGAUACACAAUUCAGGGAUGGAUAUUUUUCUCCCGACUUUGGGCAUAAGCAUUCUAGUCUCGGCGGCUGUGAUUCACCUGCUCGAAAUGAAGGGAGUGAUACAAGCUGACAAGAAGGCCGCUUUUAAGGGAUACCGCCGGUGUAUGUCGGUUAUUGAAUCGUUAAAGGACAUGUACGUGGUGGCCGAUCUAGCAAAGGACGCUAUGGAGUGGGCUUUCAUUGAGCCGCUCGGUCACGAACACCCAUCAAGUCACUAUACCAGCUCGAUUAUAGAGCCAUCUCGCAGCCUAGCGACGAAAAGUACCGAGGCAAAGGAGAACGAGUCGUGCCCAGGACACUCUUCAGCUUCCGAUGCCACUUCCUCUCAUUUCUCAAUGGUUGACGGCGUAUUGGUGGAAGGGACAUACAUGAAUGGGUAUUCAUGGGGGGAUUCGAAUAAAAAGGUCAAAGAAACUAGUUGCCUGCCUGAGGCCCAGGCAGAUAACUGGUCGGGAUUUAAUAUGGAGGAACUUGAAGGGUUCGAGAGUUGUGUCAUGUUCAGUGGCAUGGAAUUGCAACGCAACGAUUUCGAAGGAACUGGUCAAUAAUUUGCAUGC